UUUAUUUUGAAAGUCAUGUCACUGUACAGAGUACAUCAGGAAAGUUAAAUGUUAAUGUUAAAUUAGGUGUUCUUAGUUGUUUGUCGGACACAUUAGAACGCCUUGUCGAAAACAAAUGUUGGUGCCCUAGUUAAUAAAAUGUUAUCAGGAGGUGUUACGUUUUCUAUUAAGUUUGUCUUUGUGCCUAAACAAAACCAACCACUUUAAUACAUUCUGCAAGGUACUCCUAUGAUAUGAACAUAGAAUGUCAACCCAGUAAACUAAUACAAAUAUUUGUAUCAUCAGGAACUCAAAAAUGCAGCAAUACAGGUAUGUUGUCAAAGCUGGUUUAUGUAACUGUUUUUGCACUACAUUUUAAUAGCCAUAUUGGCAUGGUGUUAAGAGAAGCCAAAUGGAAUUCAUGUAUAAGUUUAUUGUGGAGCUGGGUCAGCUGGUUCGCACUCAGAAAGUAACUUAGUAAUGCCUGCAUGUUUGGUAUUCAUUUGUGAGAGCAGGAGGAUAAAGCUGCUUGUGUCAUGUUUAUCUUGUAAUUUGUGUUAUCAAGUGUAUUAGGUGUGUGUCACAGUAGAUGUUCUAAAUGUUAAAACGAUACAAUGACCCAUUGCUACAGAAGUUUUUUUUUUACAUUCUUGGUUCACAAGGACUCUGUAUAGACAUAUAAAUGUAUUACUACCAACAUGUGAGAAUGGGACAUCUUCAGCAUUUAUUAUUUUCACACUGUUAUUCAAAACAACGCAUUGUACCAUUUGAAAUCAUAAUCAACUGCAGACAACUAUUAUCAACUGUUAAAUAGUCAGCGACAGGUUUAUUAGCAGACAGUUGUGAUGUCAUCCCUCUCUCCACAGUAGGCUGAGUCUACUGGACCAUAGUGACGCUAGAUGUCCAAAACGCUGGACCAUUUCAUUUAAAGAAGACACAUCAAAGGGCACACAUUUUAUAAAAUAAAGUUUCAAAACAUUUUGCAACAAUUCCAAAACAUUUCUUGUCUGUGUAUACACAACAAUCAGACUUGUUCGUCACCUCAUAUGCUGACAAAAUCGACUAAUCGCUAAGGUAGUCGGCAAGUAGUCGACGAUCAAAAUAGUUGUUGCAGCCUCAGUAGUGUGUUCCCAGUUAAGCUCCCCCUUUUAUGUGAUUUGAGAAUCCUCACCACCCGGAGUACGCAAUCCAAGAUGGCUUCCCCAAACGUAAAUCAGGAAGUAGAGUUUUGUGUCAAUAAAAUCCGCCAUAAGAAACAAACACAUUCCACAAAUGUAUUUUUCCUGUCCAUCCUGUGGGUUUUCUAGUUGCAAACAGAGUGUUUAUUUGUCUCUGUGUAUUUAUCAAGUUGCUUAUAUCCCAACAAGGCACGCAUCACAAUAGUUUCAACCAGCAUCAGUCUUAUUUUCCGACUUCAAAAACUGGAAGACACUGAACUCAUCUGUGACUUCAUUCCCAGGUCAGACAUCCCACUUCUGAAGUUACUGUAACACAGCGUACAUCCCCCUUGCUCCACAACUCAUUAUAUAGGGAUCUCAGGUCACAAUCCACCUGAUGGCUUCUUGUCUUUAUUUGUUAUUGUGUUUCUUGUGCCUUUAUAGUCUUUGUUUAUUUCAUUAAACAUUCAAACAAGUCAUCGUGCUGCUCCUCAAACUAAAAGUAUAAAAUACGACCAAAGCAGCAACGUCCCAAAGGUCAUGGCAAAUAUUUCUCAAUGACGGUUUACUGUGAGUCGGAUGCCUUCUCCCAACAUACAGUAUCUACCUAAGUUUGCAGGAGUCUAUCAGUCCACAGGCAAACAACCCGUUAUUGAGUCCUUACAUACAGGACACUGUUGGAUCUGACUAGGUCAUGGCCAAUCGGACAGGAGCUUCUAGACCCAGUGGACCCAAUGCAGGGAACAAGACCUGUCAGUUUAAGCUGGUGUUGCUGGGAGAGUCUGCUGUCGGGAAGUCCAGCUUAGUUCUUCGCUUUGUUAAGGGACAGUUUCAUGAAUUCCAGGAGAGCACAAUCGGAGCCGCCUUCCUCACGCAGACACUAUCAGUCGAUGACGCCACGGUAAAGUUUGAAAUCUGGGACACCGCCGGUCAAGAACGCUACCACAGCUUGGCGCCCAUGUACUACAGAGGAGCGCAAGCAGCCAUCGUUGUCUACGACAUCACGAACGAGGAGUCAUUUGCACGGGCGAAGAACUGGGUGAAAGAGCUUCAAAGACAAGCAAGCCCUAAUAUAAUCAUUGCUCUAUCUGGGAACAAAGCUGAUCUUGCCAACAAAAGAGCUGUGGACGCACAGGAUGCCCAGUCUUACGCAGAUGACAACAGCUUGCUGUUCAUGGAAACAUCAGCCAAGACAUCUAUGAACGUCAACGAUCUCUUUAUGGCAAUCGCGGAGAAACUGCCCAAGAAUGAUCCACAAUCCGGAGGAGUGAACAGUGGCAGGAACCGAGGAGUUGACUUGACAGAAGCAGCCCAGCCGGCAAAAGCCCCAUGCUGUAAUAUCUAGCAUGAAGGACAAACUGCGUGCUCCCACCUGUCGAGCAGUAUCAUGUGGACGUCAUCCCCAAUUCCACUGUGGUUAUUGAUAUGAUAGUCUGUUCAGUUUAUUAUCUUAUCUAAAAAAACGAUAAGAUGGCCUUCGCUCUCCACUCUUCUACCAUCAUGCUGCUACUCUGUGAGGCUUCCUUAUAUUCAUUUUACACUUAUUUAAAUCCAAAUUGUUUCUGAGGAGGUGGGCGGUUUCCCCUUUUUUGGAGAUUUGAAGACAUUAUUAACACAAGUUUUCUGUGUGUUUUGUUGGUAAUUGUUUUCUAUGAUAUUAUUGUGGACGCACAUGUGUGUAGAUCCUCAUUCCGGUAUGUAUGUGCUAGCAUAUGGGUGAGUUGCAAUAUGUUUGUUUGCUUUAUUAUCACUAAAAUGAUGACUUGGCCUAACAAGAAAGUGCUUGAUUGUUUCCUGGAGCUGGUGACUCACUAGGUGAUGUCCAUCUACUGUUUUUUCUCUGUACAUGAACUAACAUGACCUCUUGCUCUUCUAUGCUUAUCUUGCAGGGAAAUGUACACCAACCGUUGUAUAUCUUCAUCUACAUCCCUGGUAAUUCUGGUGAAGAAGUGAAAGCAAUGACAAAUAUAAUCAUGAAAUCUGACUUGACUCUCAACACUUAUCUUUAACUCCUACUACACACUCACCGUAAAUAUUUCCCAGUGGUAUUGGUGUACUUUUUGAAAAACAGCUUGUGGCUUUCCGCACUUUUUGUCAUGUAAUGUAAAGCCUUGAGGGUGGAUUACCAUAGUAUGGGCUCCCAUAGAUUGAACUACCCAACUUCUUAUUUGGUUGGUAUAUAUAUAUAUAUAUAUAUAUAUGGUCUGGUUUCAAGCUUCAAAAACAUGAACAGCAUUGUACUCAAGGAACCUGAGACCAAAAGUGUCCUUCUUUGGGGUUACAUAACGAAUAUGUAAUUAUUGUUCUCUUCAGAUUUGUAACACAAUCUUUUCACCCCUGGGAACAUUGAUGUCCAAUGUAUACAAAAAUACUUUCUCAGCUUUGUUUCCUCUGUCUGCUAGAGAGGCCUCUAUGCUUAUUAUUGCAUCAGUAUUGUCCUGUUCAUCUUCGUAAACCUUCAAAAUAAGAGUCCAACAAACCACCAACUGUCACAUCAUAGGGUUCAUUUUAUUCUACUUUAACUUAUGAACACGUUUAUUAUUGCUCACAUCCCCCACUGUGCUCAUACACUGCUCUUCAGGUGAAUGCUUAACUCUCUUAUUCAUGCCUCGCACUGAUGAUGCUUGUUUAUAUACAUUUGUAUAAGUGUAAAUACGGUGUUGCUGUCAAAUCGACUUUGUAUUCAACAGCCUGGUUCUUGUCUUAGAUAAUCAUGUAGAAAUGUGAGCGGCAUUAAAAAAAGGCUCUCAUCUGAAGCAUUUUCUUUUCCUACUUGUGAUACAACUAUCACCAUUAGAUGUGUUUGUUAACCUGAAAAGUGUUGUGACGACAAUGUGCAUAUACUGGGUUGGUUGUGUUCCAAAAGAAUAACAAAUCAUGAUACUUUGCUUUACUUAAGUGAUGAUCUAACUGUGGCAUCCUGGAGUGAUGCGCCGCCUUGUAAGUAAAGUUUCAGUAAAAUGACAUGUUAAAAUACAAACUAGUUCAAGUUCCAUUAUUUGCACUCUUAAAGAUGGUUAGUGAGUUGUCACUGGUGUUGAAAGUGUAAUUGUGUUAAACAUAUUUGGAGAUCCUGAGGGAAUUGUUACGUUUUGAUGAUUCAGGCAAAAGAUGUUCUAGGUGACCACUGCUCAUGUUCUGAAUCACAGGGGCAGCAGACAAGUUAGGCAGGUCAGACUUUGGCUUUUGGAGGAUGCUAAAGAUAGUGUUGUCAAAAAUUCCUGGGAAGAUCAUAUGUGUGGCUGGAGGGAAUGGUCAAAGUUAAGGCAAAUCUUGUUGGAAAACAUCAAGAGAAGUACGGCACAAUAGCCCUGUUGUAAAAGCACAUCUGUAUAUAUGCAAGUCCAAAAAAAAAAAAUGGGUUUGCCGUUUGUUUUCUGGUUUAUCAAACAUACAUGCUGAGAUGGAAGAUUAAUGAUGGUUUAUGGUAUUCAGAAUCAGAAAAAAAUGUAUUAUUCCCAGUUUUGUUUGUACCUUAACAUGAUCUGUAAACAACAAAAAUAUAAAUAUAAAAUAUAAAAGACUCUUUUGCAAAUACUUUUCAAUACUUAUUGCCCGUGAAUCAUGAUCAUUUUGAGAACACCCACUGACUGUUGUAAAUGGUUUUGCUUCA